CCCUCCUCAUAUCAUUUCUACUCUCUCUCUCUCUCUCUCUCUUUAUAUAUAUAUAUAUAUAUACGUAUAUCUGAUAUAUAGUAUUGAUCAAGGUGUGUGAAACUGAAACUUCAGGGAAACAUCAAUGGCUGAGCCGCCGUACUCGGAAACCGAGUCUAGCGGCCCUUCCUUCUCAUCUUUCUCAUUCGGGCCUGAUCAGAUAGGAUCAAACCCGAAACCCCAGCCCAAGAGAAGUAGAGAAAACGAGUCCGGGUCGGGGAGUGAGAAAGUGGAUGGUAAGAAGCGAAGCAGGAACGUCACCGAUAGUAACAACAGUAGCUGCAGCAAGCAUCUGGUGUACAGAGGAGUCAGAAUGCGGGCAUGGGGAAAAUGGGUCUCCGAAAUCCGGGAGCCCCGGAAGAAGUCCCGGAUCUGGCUGGGAACCUUCGCGACCCCGGAAAUGGCAGCCCGAGCCCACGACGUCGCCGCGCUUGCCAUCAAGGGCAGCUCCGCCAUUCUCAACUUCCCAGAGAUAUCCCACCUCUUGCCCCGCCCCGUCACGUGCUCCCCGCGUGACGUCCAGGCCGCCGCCACCAAGGCCGCCCUCAUGGACGACGUUCUCGACCAUCGGCGGGACUCCCCGUCCCUGACGUCAUCCUCUUCCUCCUCGUCAUCAUCACUUGUCUCGAGCAUUGCGUCGCCGGAGCCAGCGGAGGAGCUGGGCGAAAUAGUGGAGCUGCCGAGCCUGGACACGAGCUACGAGUCCCUGGAGCCGAGCCGGGACGGGGACUUCGCGUUGGCGCAGGAUUACUCGUGGGAAGAAUACUACAGUCACCCGGGGUUGUACAGUUUAGAAGAUUGCUGCUUUUCCUUCCAAGAGCAAGAAAGCAUAGUGCUUGAGGACUUGAUGUCUACCAAUUUUGAAGCCCUGUUAUGGAAACAUCAUUGCUGAAAAAAGUUUGACCUUAAUUAUAUUAAUUGGACUGUGUGUUGUGUUUUUUUUUUAAAUAUUUUUGUUUUUAUUCUUAUUUGAUGUCUGUGCUUUUUCUUUUUCUUUUUUUCCAAAUAUGAGAAGAUCAAAGCUUUAGAUUUUAGUUGCAGGGUCUCUCUCUCUUUUUCUUAAAUUUUUGGUGAGAAAUAUACUUGCCUUGCAUAUCAAGUUCUGCA